CAUACAAACGCAGGGGUAUGGUAAGGUCAGAAAAACACAGAGCUGGUUUCAUUGGCUAGAGGUGGUUAAACUUCACCCUGCAGGCUUGUUUUUAAGUGUGCCAGCUUCUCAAAUCUCUACCACAGAUGCAGAAGGAGGACUUGGGACAUGCUUAACACUUCAAACAGCACAGCAAUGGAACCUGUUACUGAAUACGAUGAUGAUUACAGUAACAUCACAGACGUCGGUGAUUACAACUACUCACUUUAUAAUAACAGUAACAUCACAGACGUCGUUGAUUACGACAUAACCUCUGAAAUGUGUGGGCCCGGUGAGCAGGAGCUCACCAUCAAAAUGUUCCAGACUUGUGUUUUCUGCCUGAUCUUCCUGCUGGGCGUGGUGGGAAACUGUCUGGUGAUCGCCACCUUCGGCCUCUACCGCCGCCUCCGCCUUCGCUCCAUGACCGACGUCUUCCUGUUCCACCUGGCGCUGGCUGACCUUCUGCUGCUCCUCACGCUCCCAUUACAGGCCAUCGACACCCACAAGGGUUGGAUCUUCACCGUUUCCCUCUGCAAGGCCACGAGGGCAUGCUACGCUAUCAACACGUACAGCGGGCUUCUGCUGUUGGCCUGCAUCAGCGUCGACCGCUACCUGGUGGUGGCACAUGCUCAACAGAUGUUCCGGCUGCGCAGUCAGAUAUUAACAGGCGGGAAAGUAGCCGCCAUAGGUGUGUGGCUUGUUGCGGUGCUCCUCAGCCUUCCUGAAAUCCUCUUCUCUGGGGUGUCAGAGGCUGACGAAGACAACAAAGCAUACUGCGGCAUGCUAAAGAGUGGAACGGUCAAAAUGGCCACCAACGGAGCCAUCAUUGCCGUCUUCUGCGUGUCCUUCGCCGUUAUGGUGACAUGCUACUCUUUGAUCGGGCGAGUGCUGUUGGAAGGGCACGCACACCGGCGGGGGAAGCAGUGGCAUCGUCAGCGUACAUUGAAGCUGAUGGUGGCUCUUGUGUUGGUGUUCUUGGUGUUCCAGCUGCCGUACACCGUGGUGCUGUCGCGCAAGAUGGCCGGGCCGUUCUGCGGCCUGCUGCUGGAGUACGUCACCGGCACUUUGGUGUACACCCGCUGUUGCCUCAACCCCAUCCUGUACGCCCUGGUUGGCGUGCGCUUCCGUAACGACGUGCUGAGGCUCCUCCGUGACUCAGGCUGCAAGUGUGGCGUCCUGCAUCUGCCACAGACGAUGAGCUCCAUCACACCGACAUCCCCCGAACGCACUCACUCCAGCUACGAGACUGUGUCUGCCAUCAAAUUUCAGUUUUCAGAAAAGAAUUAAUAUUCUGUAGAGUGGACUAUAAGCUUAAAUACAUAUUUCCCAACAGUAUACAUAAUGUACACUUACUAUACAGAAACAAUGGAUGGAACAAUCACAAGGAGUUGAUUUUAACAUUAGGGCUGGGUAUCAUUUAAUUUUUUUGUUUUGUUUGUACAUAAUAUACUAAUAGAUAAUCAUAUGUAUGUGUAUAUGUGUGUGUAUUAGAGGUUGAUAGUGGAGGGCAGGAAAAAGCUAAUUAACCAACUAUAUAUUAUCUAUAAAGGUUUGUUUGUUCCUUUCUUCGUAGCUCUUACUUAGUGAAUUAACAAGAUAUAAGUUGUUGAAAAUGUUUUUUUAUAAAGGUAUAUUUUUCCCUUUUAUUAGACGGGGGGGACACAACACACAGCAAAGGGUCACAGGUCAGAUUUGAGCUUAAGCAAAGAUUAACCAAAGCAGACAUACAACUCUCUUGCUUUAGCUGUCUAUAAAGAAAUUACAGCUUUCUACUGUAUUUCCUUUGUUUAUGGUUAAAAAAUGUAAAAAAAUAUAUUUGUAUUCAUGUUUUGGUUGAAACAUUGGUGAUGCAACGUUAUGAACACAUUUCACAAAAACUCUCGAGGUUAGAUACCCGGCCCUAGUCACAUUGGUAUUACGGACAAAAAUACGAGGUCACACUUUAUUUGUUUUUCAGCCAUCAGGUGACAAAAAGCAGAUGUGUGAGUCACAUAUUUUCGUAACGCUGACCACAUGAAGCCAGCGGUACCUCGCUUUUAUUUCAAGGAACUGAAAUCCUAUGAAAUGCUUUUGCACAGUAGCCGGGCUGUGGUGGUAAAAGGAAAAUAAAAGGUGGGUAAACUAUAAGCAUCUGUGGCUUCAAGUUAGAAAAAAGGUGUAUAAACAUCAGGCGCCCAAAUAUGAGACUAGAACCACUGACACCAAAUCAUAUAAAUAUACUAGUGUAGGGUCCAAUCAAUAUUAAAUUAUUAUUCAAUUAUUAUUUAGUUUAUUGCAUUUUGAAUGUCAAACCUAUCUACAGAACUAUUGAAACUGUCCACAAACGCAGCACUUUAUUCCUUUGGCCUUAAAGAGGCCACACUGUGGCCACAACGUCCACUUCCUCUCUCCUCUCAUGUGCCAGGCAGCACUUUUAAAGGAGGAAAGGGAGGGUGGAGAGGUUGUGUUGUGAACUGACAUAUAAUGCUCAGGUAAAAAGGUUUAAAUCUGACUUGAAAAUUGUGCAAAAUCAUCCAAACAGUGUAAUUAAAUGUUAAGUUGUAUUAAAACAGGGACGUACACUGUGUUUACCCCCCACUACAGCCCUGGUUGGUAGUCGUGUUUGAUAUUCACAAGACUUUUUACAGUUAAAUUAAAGUUAAAUUAAAGCCUUUUGAUUGCAGUCGGCCAAUUAAAAAAAAGUGUGACUAAACAGAUUUCCAUCUGCUCACAACUUGUUCUGACUCUGCUUGGCACCCGUGUUCAGGUUAAUAUGUACAAAUGUAUAUUCUGUAUUCUUUGUCCAGGGUUUGAGUCUAUUGUCUUUACUUUCAGGUCAUAUUUUCAACAGAUAUAUGUUGAUAUUUGCUUAUUAUUAUUCUUUUUAAAGCUUCCAUUAACCAUAUUUAAAUCAUAAGCAAUCCUAACCUGACUUUAUUUCUAACCUUCCACAUGUCUGGUCACUUUUUAAUAAGCUGUGUAUAGCUGAACUAUAGCAAAAACUGUUAAAUAUAGACUUAUAUGAUGUAGAGGUUUCUUCACUCACUUGUUUGUAUUGUUUGUAAUUAAACUUUGGUUUUACAACGUUUUCCUCAAA